UUGGAGAUAUGACCCACAAGAGAGGGCCAGUGCUUUGGACAAUUUGCAAUCUAUGAUUUGAACACAAACUGUUGACAAAAAUGGGCAAAGAACUCUGCCAACACCAACAUCUCUCACUGCCAACCUCUCUCUCUCUCCCCCUCCCCCACAUUCUUGUUUUCUCUCUCAUAAGCUUCCAAGUUUUCUUUCUGAGAUUUCUUUGUUCCGUUUUCCAUGGACAAGCAUCUUCAGCAGCAGCUGCCAGUGGCCAAGAGUGAAAGGCAACGAUGUAGUGAAUGGGUGUUUCGAGAUGUUCCAAGUGAUAUAACUAUUGAAGUAGAUGGGGCUGCAUUCUCCUUGCAUAAGUUCCCUCUUGUCUCACGAAGUGGACGAAUUCGGAAGUUGGUUGCAGAACACAGGGACUCUGAUAUAUCCGGGAUUGAGCUUCCUGGCUUACCGGGAGGUGCUGAGUCAUUUGAGCUGGCAGCCCAGUUCUGUUAUGGUGUCAAUUUCGAGAUCACCGCAGCAAAUGUUGCUCAACUGUGUUGUGUUUCAGAUUAUCUUGAAAUGACAGAAGAGUACUCAAAGAACAAUCUUGGUUUACGGUGUGAAGAAUAUCUUGAGAGUAUUGUGUGCAAAAACCUUGAAAUGUGUGUGGAAGUCCUUCAACAAUGUGAAAACCUUUUUCCACUUGCAGAUGAGCUGAAAAUUGUCACCCGAUGCAUUGAUGCUACAGCCUCGAAAGCUUGUGCCGAGCAAAUUGCUUCAAGUUUCUCGAGGUUGGAGUACAGCAGCUCAGGAAGACUUCACAUGAGCAAGCAAACCAAGUGUGAAGGAGAUUGGUGGAUUGAAGAUCUUUCAGUUCUUCGCAUUGACUUGUAUCAAAGAGUCAUAGCAGCAAUGAAAUGCCGAGGAGUUAGACCUGAAAGCAUUGGGGCAUCGCUAGUAAACUAUGCACAGAAGGAGUUAAUCAAGAAGUCGAGCUUGCGGAACCAAUCCACCCAGCCAAAAGUUGAAUUGACGUCGGGUGCAAGCAGCCACGCAAGACUUGUAGUUGAAACAAUCAUUAGCCUCCUCCCUGUUGAGAAAUUUGCUGUUCCUAUAACCUUUCUCUUUGGUUUGUUACGAAGUGCUGUGAUGCUUGACUGCACAGUUGCUUGUAGGCUUGAUCUUGAGAGGCGGAUUGGAUCCCAGUUAGAUAUAGCCACUCUUGAUGAUCUUUUGAUUCCCUCCUUCCGCCAUGCUGGAGAUACAUUAUUUGAUGUUGACACUGUUCACAGAAUAUUGGUUAAUUUUUCUCAGCAGGACGACAGUGAGGAAGAUAUGGAUGAUAGUUCACUAUUUGAAUCUGAUAGUCCUUCUUCUCCCUCCCAAACGGCAUUGUUCAAGGUCUCCAAACUUGUAGACAAUUACCUGGCUGAGAUUGCGCCUGAUGCAAACCUUAAGCUUAACAAAUUCAUAGCCGUUGCAGAAACUUUACCAGCACAUGCACGCACCAUCCACGAUGGUUUGUAUCGAGCAAUCGAUGUUUACUUCAAAGCCCAUCAAGGUUUGACAGAUGCAGACAGGAGAAAGCUGUGCAAAUUGAUCGAUUUUCAGAAACUAUCACAGGAAGCUGGUGCACACGCUGCACAAAACGAACGCCUCCCCCUCCAAUCAAUAGUUCAAGUGCUCUAUUAUGAGCAGUUGAGACUUAGAAAUGCGUUAUUUUGUUCCCAUCCAGAUGAAGAUCCUAAACCUAUGCACCAAUCAUGGCGGAUCAGCAGUGGAGCUCUAAGUGCUGCAAUGUCUCCCCGAGACAACUAUGCAUCUCUGAGACGAGAAAACCGGGAGUUGAAGCUUGAGCUGGCCAGACUGAGGAUGAGGUUAAAUGAUUUGGAGAAAGAACAUGUUUGUAUGAAAAGGAAUAUGGAGAGGUCCAGUUCUCGGAAAUUCAUAAGUUCUUUUACAAGGAGGAUUGGUAAACUGAAUAUCUUUGCACAUAGCUAUUCGAGAGGAUCCACCUCUCCGUCAAAGCAGUCACACCGAAUGGAGACUAAGCUAACAGAAAGAACUGACAAGUACACUUUGUAGGUACUUCAAAGUCGUUCGGGCUCCUGCAUGCUAGUGUUGAGUAAUUAUAAGCAUGUCAUCAGUGAUAUUUCUUGUGUUAUUCCUUCCCCCCACCUUCUUUUUUUUCCUAUCAUGAUUAUUAUGUACAUAAUCUGUUGGGAUUUGCUUCACCAAACACAAUGAUUUGAAGAUAAAUGAAAAGAACAUGGAUUGUAUCUGAGUGAGAUCCCAUUACUUGAGACAUAAGCUAUGCUUCUCAUAGAGAAUUCUUGUUAAUAAGAAUUACAUGUAUAUUUUUCUUCGUUUUCUUUGUCUAUUCUUUGCAUGUCCUACUCUCACUUAGUCAAGCAAAGGUUCUUGUAAUUGUAUUAUUUCAUCAUAUAUACUUCAAACACCUUGGUCUGCAGGACAUGAUCACGGUGUUGUAAACCGCACAGAGUCUAGUAUUUAUCUGUGCCGCCUUUUAUUUUAUUCCCACAGUUUGAGUUCAUGCAAUUUAAAAUUUCAUUACUAGCUCCCGACAGUUUCUAUUCGAACACCCAGAAAUGCACUUGUGUAGACAAAAAGAGACUUCAGAAACCAAACCAUACCUUCCACUAGAUAGAUUCUACUUUCACAAGCCACAGUUGGUUCCUGAUCACUCCCACCCGCCCCAAACGAAAAAAAGAAUGAUAUGCGUCUCAGCAGGGGAAGCUCACGUGGUCGCUAAACUAAUUAAAGGGUGGUUUUCAAUUAAAAGUCCUGUUACAUAGCAUAUGCCAUCAAACUUGCAAAACCAGAGCAUUCUGCUGGUCACUCGGAGACCCUCUCCGGCUGCUUGGAAUCACCACCGGAGAAGCAAAUCUCACCUUGCGAUUGAGCCUUUUCUGGUCACUAUCCGGCUUCCUCAAGCAAGGCUUAAGUCUUAACAUCUCGCGGUUUUCAGGGCUAUGGGGGCGCCCGCUUCUUGUCGAGCUAAAACAGGGCCUGCUGAUAUCAAAUGUUGAAUCAUAAUAACUGUCCUGUGGCUGGUUUAGACUUCUUUUCAUGUUAUUCCAGCACUGGUAAAAUUCCAAUUUGUAUAAACUUUCAGGGCCGGAAUCUGGUCCCUGUGGCUGAUUUUCUUGAUCACUCACAUUUCUAGGAUAAGACUGCCUCCUGUAGCAUCUGUCAUGCUCUUGGUGUCUGGGCUGAGGAAGGUACUGUCUCUGCUGUCUUUUGGCCUUCAGGAGACAGUCUAAUGUGUGGUAAGGCAGAAGGUAAAACACCUUGCCUGGUACUAGAAAUGAUUCAGGGUGUACAACAAUCCAUGGAUACUUGAAGACAUCAGGCCUGGCAAUGCAGUGUCUAGGGUACCUGCUCAUGAUCUCACCUGCUGUGAUUGGCUCCCGGAAAAGCUCGACGUGGCGGCCUGGGUGAACCACCUUUAUGAGAUAAUCUUGCCUUGAUGAAGCUCCCAUCUUCUUGGUCUUGGAAAAAUGUGCAGAAGAACCAAGGGGGAGGGAGGCAUGAGACACCCUAACCAUUCUUCUUAUAGGAGGUUUCUUGAUCAAACAGUGACAAUUUUGGGCGUGGAAUCCGAUGUAAUUGUCUUUGGAAAAUGUGGGAUUUUUGUACUAAUGAGAGCUCUUGAUUGGAUAUGGUGAAUGAAUCAUUUCUUAGGAUGUUUCAACUUGAAGUUGAGAGGACAAA